AUGGAGAUGUUUCGGCGCUUCCUUGAGGCGGGGGAGAGUGACCCCGGGCAGGCCAACCUCGAGGCCUACCUUGAGCUGUGGUUCCAAGGCAUGCCCUGGGACCAGAUCAAGCGCGGCAACAUGGAGGAGCUGAUGGCCUAUGGCAUGUGGUAUCGCACUGUGCCCGAAAUGGAGGCGGCGGGGCUGUCCCACUUUCUGGUGGAGAUGGUGGAUAAGUUGGAGGUGGCCUGGAAGCACACCUUUCCGCCAGGGUACACCCAGGGCGUGAAGUUCAUGUCUCACCUGUGGGACGACCUGAAGGUGCACUACCGCCCCCUGGCCUUCUACCUCGUUAUGGAGGGCUGCGCGCUGUUCAGCUGGGCGGCGAUGCGUCUGAUGGGCUUCCAGUGCCACAGCCUGGGAUCCACCGUAUACUACACCCGCGGCAUUGACAGCAGCAGCGCCCUCGCCCGCGGCAGCGUCGGCGGCGGCCGGAGCAGCAGCGCGGGCGGGGCGCCGCCGGCGCCGGCGCCGAUCCUGUUCCUGCAUGGGGUGGGGGGCCUGGUGAUCUACCUCGAGCUGAUCUGGCAGAUCGUGCGUUUGAAUGGGCCGGUGAUCGUGGUGGACAUCCGCCACAUGGGCAUGCGGCUCAGCCCCCGCAUCCCUUGCGUGGAUGAGAUGACGUCAGAGAUCCGCGCCGUGCUCGACAAGGUCGGGGUGCGCAAGGUCUGCGUCGUCGGCCACAGCUACGGCACCCUCGUCGCGUCGCGCCUCGUGAAGCGCUUCCCCAGCCGCCUGCACGCGCUGUGCCUGAUCGACCCGGUGUGCUUCGGCAUGUACAUGCCGCACCUGCUGCACAACUUCUUUUACCGGCGGCUGGGGGCCGGCCCCUGCUGUGGCGCGGGCGGCCCCGGGGCUGCGCGUCGCGGAUGA